AUGAUGCAGAAGUCUGCUGGAGGUAGCUCGUCCUUGCCUGAGAUGAUUAGCGAGUUCGCCCUCUAUAUUGGGAAGAGGGAGCUCAGCCUGGAUUGUCCCCGAGAGCAGGUUCUAGUGUCCCCGUCGCCAUCCUACAUCUUCGUGAUGGGUGACUCUCUCUGUGGUGUGUAUCCCGGUCCUACCGGUGUACAUAUCAGGGAACCAUUAAAUCGUGGGGAGGAAGUUAUGGUGUUAUACCCAGGUUUUGAGGCUUCCACCAGAGCUGUCUAUUAUCAUCACGGCUCACAACUAUUCGUCCUGUGUGAGGACAACCGUAAGCUGAUCCGAUACGACCUGAGGAGCACCCCCGGACCCUCAAGUACAUCAGUGAAGCUUCUAGGAUUGCCCGAAUCGAGGCUGAUUAAUAGUAAUGAUAAAGGCGCAGAGAUGGUCUGCACGGACGACUUCGUCUUUUUCCUUUUCGGUUCCAAGUACCUCUUUUGCAUAGAUCGUCAAAAUGUCAGCGAUGGGGCUCAGGCGAAGUUGAUUUGGACAGCGAGAGCAGGGGAGGCCAGGAAAUGUCAUAUGCUGGUGGAUCCUGAGCAACCUCUGCGUGUUCGGCUGGUAAUUCCGGUGUUCCGGAGCUUGCCAUCGAAUUUGGUUACACUCGAGUUGCAAAAUCGUCGUGAGCCUCUCUUCUUCAAGAAGGUAAUGGAAAAGCACCUAUCAAUCCAGACAGCUUCAGCGAGUGCUGUUGGUGUAUAUGAUGUGCUGCCUGUUGGGUGCUAUAACUUGGCUGUUAGUAAGACGCCCUCUAACGGCUACCACAGAGUCGUUACUCUAUGCGAUCGGUCAUUUCGAGCUCUUGGUCCGGAUGCGACUUUAUUCCGUUACGACACGUCCUAUGAACCACGUCGCCAACAGUUGGUCUGCGGAGAACGAGAUGUCAUCUACAGCAUGGAAGAAGGAGGCCAGUUUAGGUGUUCCUACGAUCACUGUGAAUGCGCAGGUGACCUUUCCGAUGAUGAUGAUGAUGACGUCGAACUUGUAAGGAAAAAGAAGCGAUGCAAGCGUGAAACUGGCACUCCGUGCUUGAUUUCAGCUUAUUACAUCUCCAAAAAGUAGAUUAUUCCUAGCUUUUUAUCUCUUAUUAACAGCUACAUAGUAAUUGACUCUUCUAAGUUUCAAUUGUUGCAAU